UAACUCCCCCUCACUGGUGAUCAGGACUCAAAGAUAGGGAACUAGAUAAACAAACUGAAUUCUGAACCCAGUCGAAGGCACAGAUGGGAGCCAGGGAGAAUUAAUAAAACUCUCAAAAAAAAAAAAAAAAAAAAAAAAAGGAAAAAAGACCCCAACAAAAAGGCCUGUGGCAAAGCCGGAUGCGAACAGCUGCCCCUGAGCCCUGCCCGCUGAUUCUGAGCUUGAGCCGGGGCUCCAUAUCCGAGCCUCCUUAAGAGUAGGAGGAGCUCCCGGGCCUCUGUCAGGCUCCUUAAGCCGUUCCUUUCAAGCCCUGAAUGCCUGAAUGUGAGCUGCCCACCACCCUCCCCGCCCUCCCCCACUCGGCAACCCCACUCCACUCCAGCGGCUCGAAAAAAAAAAAAAAAAAAAAAAAAAGUUUCAACAACAACAGGCAGGACCAAUAGCAUCUCGAAAAGCCGGGAAAGGGGGCCGAGCAAAGGGCGAAAGAGAGUGGAGAAAGGAGAAAGCGGGCAGGCUCGGAGCGCGCGGGGCCGGGGCUCGGCGAGCUGGAGGAGCGUUGCUAAUGUUUUUGUUUGUUUGCUUUUCCAUGCAUGCAUAAUGAGGGGGCACCGCGGCACCACGCGGGGGCUCCCGGCCCACUUUUGUAUUUAAAGCCUCGCAGCCAGCGAGUCCGCAGCCGGGCUCAGCGGAUCCGCUCCCGGGGCCCCUUGUCACCCGAGAAGCCGCCGCCGAGGGAAGCCCGGGAGCCGCUCUCCGGCCGCGCCGAGUUUCUUGUUCUCCCCGCGCCGCCCGGAAAGGGCUCCCCGGAGCACUGAGAGGCCGGGGUCGCCGCGGGCGGAGGGGGAGGGGACGCGGGCGUCCAGGGCCGCGGGAAGGCGGGCAGCGCACAGACCCGAGCCAGGAAGCGGCGCGAUGCUAGAGCCCGCAGCGGCGGCGGCGGCGGCGGUGGCGGCGGCGGCGCGGCGCUGAGCCCGGGAGGAAGGAGCCGCUGCGGCCGCACAACGGAUCUGCAGGCGCGGAGCAAAAUGCACCCGCGGCGCCGCGCGGUCCUGCAGCCCCGCCGCGGCCCCGCGGCCCGCAGCCCCCCGGGGCGGCAGUGAGCGCCUCCCGCCACCGCCGGGGGCCGAGCGGAGGGGCUCUCCGCGGCUGUGCAUUUCUGGGAAACCACCACAGCCCGAGCGAGCGGGCGACCCGACCUUCUGCGAGCGGCGCGGCACCAGCGAGCGGCGCGCAUGGAUUUAUGAAAACACUCAUGCAAGAAGUUGGCAGGACUGGGGCAAACUUUUCCACCGGCUCCGCGUCCGCCGCUGCCCGCGCCUCGUCUCCUUUCCCCUCUUCGCCCGGCGGCCGCCGCUGCCCGCGAUGGUGGCAGGGCUGCUGGGCGGCGGCGGCGGGGCCCGCGCGGGGACCGUGCCGGGCGCCUGGCUGUGCCUGAUGGCGCUGCUGCAGCUGCUGGGCUCGGCGCCGCGGGGCUCAGGGCUGGCGCACGGCCGCCGCCUCAUCUGCUGGCAGGCGCUGCUGCAGUGCCAGGGGGAGCCGGAGUGCAGCUACGCCUACAACCAGUACGCCGAGGCGUGCGCGCCCGUACUGGCGCAGCGCGGCGGGGGCGACGCGCCGGGGGCCGCUGCCGCCGCCGCCGCCGCCGCCUUCCCGGCCUCGGCCGCCUCGUUCUCGUCGCGCUGGCGCUGCCCGAGCCACUGCAUCUCGGCGCUCAUUCAGCUCAACCACACGCGCCGCGGGCCCGCCCUGGAAGACUGUGACUGCGCGCAGGACGAGAACUGCAAGUCCACCAAGCGCGCCAUUGAGCCGUGCCUGCCCCGGACGAGCAGCGGCGGCGCGGGCGGCCCGGGCGCGGGCGGGGUCAUGGGCUGCACCGAGGCCCGGCGGCGCUGCGACCGCGACAGCCGCUGCAACCUGGCCCUCAGCCGCUACCUGACCUACUGCGGCAAGCUCUUCAACGGGCUGCGCUGCACCGACGAGUGCCGCACGGUCAUCGAGGACAUGCUGGCCGUGCCCAAGGCGGCGCUGCUCAACGACUGCGUGUGCGACGGCCUGGAGCGGCCCAUCUGUGAGUCGGUCAAGGAGAACAUGGCCCGCCUGUGCUUCGGUGCUGAGCUGGGUAACGGCCCGGGCAGCAGCGGCUCGGACGGGGGCCUGGACGACUACUACGACGAGGACUACGACGACGAGCAGCGCGCCGGGGGCGCGGGCGGCGAGCAGCCGCUGGACGAUGACGACGGCGUCCCGCACCCGGCGCGCCCGGGCGGCGGCGCUGCAGCCACGGGCGGCCGCGGGGACCUGCCCUACGGGCCGGGGCGCAGGAGCAGCGGCGGCGGUCGCUCGGCGCCCGGAGGCGCUUGGACCCCGCUCGCCUCCAUCUUGCUGCCGCUGCUGCCGCUGCUCUUUUAGCCCUGGAGUCCCCCGCCGUGGGCUGCGGGAGGGCCUGCGCCGGGGCACCUGUGGCACGGGGACCGAGGGGAUGGUUUGGAUACUUUCCAAAGCGUGUACUAAGUAGACUCUGCCUAGCGGGUCUCUCCUGCACGACUCUUGGCACUUCUCCCGUGUCCUCUCCCGAGCAUGACUUCUUGGACAUCCUCCCCCUCCCAUUCCAGGCUCCAGAAACUCCCAGCUCGUCUGCCCAGAGGAAACCGGCCUAGCUAGAGUUCAGGAUGCCGGGGAUGGAAUGGGGGAGGCGGGG